UGAUUGACGCGGCCGCCAUUUUGCUCCAGCGCUCCGCUUCCAUUGUGUGAGAGAUAGUAAAUAUCUGACACUGCCAGAACAACCACAACUCACUUGUGUCCUCGCGGAGAAAAAGCGCUAAAUUCAGCCUCGGUGAUACUUCGUCGUAAUGGCUCGUACCAAGCAGACCGCUCGUAAAUCCACUGGAGGAAAGGCUCCUCGCAAGCAGCUGGCCACCAAGGCUGCCCGCAAGAGUGCCCCCUCCACUGGUGGCGUCAAGAAGCCCCAUCGUUACAGGCCCGGCACCGUGGCUUUGAGAGAGAUCCGUCGGUACCAGAAGUCCACUGAGCUGCUGAUCCGCAAGCUGCCCUUCCAGCGCCUGGUGAGGGAGAUUGCUCAGGACUUCAAGACCGACCUGCGUUUUCAGAGCGCUGCCAUUGGGGCCCUGCAGGAGGCCAGCGAGGCGUACCUGGUGGGUCUGUUUGAGGACACCAACCUGUGUGCCAUCCAUGCCAAGCGUGUCACCAUCAUGCCCAAAGACAUCCAGCUGGCACGCCGCAUUCGCGGGGAGCGCGCUUAGACGGCCCUCUCCGAUGUUUCACCUCUGUCCUGUUUUUUUUUUUAACCUGUCCCCGCCCUCACUCCUUUGUUCUACCCCAAUCCUUCUCCCUCCCCUGCCUGCCCAGCUUCUCCGUAGACUUUAGAGGAAUCUGAAGAGAUAUAAAUAUGUUGAAGUCUGGUCUCAUAGGUUGUUUAUUUUGUCUUCACCAAAUGUGUGUUUUUUUAAUUUUUAGGGUACCUUUGUCGUGCAUGUGAAAGGUUUAGCAGAUCAGACGCACAUGUGCACACAAAACUCAAACAUGGGUCGCUGGGUUUGGGACGCCCAAUCUACAGUAGUGUCGUCGUAGUUUGGGUGAGGUCAGUGAGGCCGAGGCAGAGGGACGUGGCCGAGGGGCUAGUCUGCUGAAGGGGAGCUGCAACUUCCACAGCAGGGUGCUAUUAGAGCUAGUCCCGAGGCCUCGGCCCCGAGGAGCACCUCCUCCUCGCCCUGCAGCCGGCAGCUCGCUGCACCUCUUCAGACCGCCUCGUCCCCUCUGUCCUCCGCAGUGGGAAGCCGAUGGCGCUCUGUUGGGCGGUUUGCGUGGAUGAGUGAGCUCUGAUCUUUCAAACCAUUUGUACUCAACAAAAAUAAUAUUACACUUAAAAAUAUUGAUUAUCAUUGUGGAUAUGGUGUCUAUUUUUUUAUGCAUAUUGUUCACAGAUUGCACUCUUUACCACUUCAAAAAUCAUCAAAUUAAGAGAGAAAAACAAUUAAUGUUGCCAACAUGGAGUUCAAGAAGGGCUUCUCUAUUUUCAAAUGCAACUUCUAUUCUGAUGGCAGCCACACGGGGGCGAUGGUUUACCGGCUCCUCUUCAGUUGAGCCUCAUCACUUCUUAUGCUUCUGUCUUCGUGUCCACAGAUCGGCUCGUCUCAACAGUAUGGAUUAUUAUGAUAGUGCAAGUUGCCCUCUGCAUGUUUAGGGUCUGUGUCUCCUGCUCUCUGUAGAUCUCAUCAUGUAAUCUGUCCCUUUCUCAAAAUUUGUGAUACACAAUAUAACCUCAUAUUUGUUUUUUUUUUAUAUGUUUCUUAUUCCUCGAGAUUUUCAGACUUAUAAAUAAGACUCUUUGUAUUUUCCAAAUUUCUCAUAUUAUGGUGGUAAUAAAUAGGUGUUCAAACAAACUGAU